UGGAAUCCUUAUCCUACCCCUAUCCGGAGCAAACAUAGAAGCAAUGGCGCCACCUAUUUGCACCAAGACCUUCAAGUUGAACAACGGUCUCGAUUUUCCGGCCGUCGGUCUAGGUACCUGGCAAGGCGCGGAAGGGACGGAUGAUUCCAAGGCCCUGGAGGAGUCCAUUAUCCAUGCGUUGAAGGUCGGCUACCGCCACAUUGACACCGCGCAGCUUUACGUCGUAGAAGAGGUCGUGGGCAGGGCCAUCCGCAACAGCGGCGUCCCCCGCUCCGAGAUCAUCGUAGUCACCAAAUUUUGGGGCAACUGGCACCACGACCCGGCCAAGGCGCUCCAGAUUUCGCUGGACACUCUCGGGCUUGAUUACGUUGACGUCUUCCUCAUGCAUUGGCCAUGGGCCACAACCCCUGCUCCGGAGAUGAAGGUUCUCAAGAAGUGGGAGAGCCCAACCUUCAUCGAGACGUGGAAGAUGAUGGAGCCGCUGGUUGGCGAGAGGUGCAGGGCCAUUGGUGUGAGCAACUUCAUGCCCAAGGUCAUGGAUGAGCUGCUUGCAGAGGCCAAGAUUGUGCCGGCCAUUAACCAAGUCGAGCUGCAUGCUUUCAACCCCAACCUGAAUCUGGUGCCCUACUGCCAGGAAAAGGGUAUUGUUGUUACCAGCUGGAGCACACUGGGCGGCUCGGGCGCGGCGCAAAACGAAAUCCGUACCCACGAGCUCUUCACCAGCAUCGCCAAGGCCCACGACGUCUCUACCGGCGUGGUGUCGCUCUCCUGGGCGGUACAGCGAGGCAUCGCGGUCAUCCCAAAGAGCUCUAACAAGUCCCGCAUCGAAGAGAACAUCCGCCUCGUCACUCUCACGGACGAGGAGAUGCGCAAAAUCAACGAGGCACACAAGACGAUCAGGAGGGAGAGAUUAUCUAACAACAUUGCAUCGCAACACAUGGAGAUUGACGGUAAGAUGACGCAACAGGGUUGGACUUACGUGGAUAUGGGCUACGAAGACGAGAAUGGCAACUGGUUAGCGUGAGCUAUAUUUGUGACUGGGACAUGACUGCCCGUAUCCGACCUUCAAUUCUGUCGCAAUGCCUUCAUGGCACCGCGCAGCCUUGCGGGAUCUCAUCGAGACCGGGAUACUAUUGCUUUUCCUACCCGAAAAAGUGACUCGUGACAAAACGAAAUUUUAAAAAGAAAAAAGAAAGAAAGGACGUCAAAUUCAGUCAACGAGCAAUUGGUAACUUUCAGCCCGCCCAACGCCAACGGACUGAGAAUUUAAGAUAUUAUUUCUGUGAUGGUACCGGUAUUUUACCUCUUCGUGGACCAUCCUUUUCCGGAUGAGCUGUUCUCCCGAGCCCAUGAUCUGCGCGUUUGGCGUCGGUGAUCAAUGCUGAUCCAAUUAUCCCUUUGAGUGCGGAUGGACCUCACUAACCCCCUGGUGGACCCACCCCCACUUCUACCCCUCACUUUCGGACAUACAUGACAGUACGAUGUUAUUUUCU